AUGCCGGACGUCGAGGAGAAAGUGCCCCUGAAGGAUCCAGGCGAUGCAGAGUGCCGGUCCCGCAAGCCCGAAACGUCAGCACCGACCCGAGAAGACCCGAGCGGCCCCAAGGACCCACCUGAGGAUCUUUCUGUCACAGGUCUGAUAGAUACAGUUGACAACGUUUCUAAGCUGAGCAACAAGAUUGGAAUGAAUCAUGAUUUCCACAUGGAAGAAAAGGUUUCCCCUCCCAGCAGUUUGGAAGGCAAGGUCAAGGAGACAAUGCACAAUGCCUUUUGGGACCAUCUCAAAGAGCAAUUGUCAGCUACUCCCCCAGACUUCAGUUGUGCUCUUGAACUUCUGAAAGAAAUUAAAGAGAUCCUGCUCUCACUGCUCUUACCGCGCCAGAGCCGCCUACGGAGUGAGAUUGAAGAAGCGCUGGACACGGAGCUCCUCGGGCGGAAAGCAGAACACGGGGCCCUCAAUGUCCCUCUUCUCUCUAAGUACAUUCUUGACAUGAUGACUCUGCUGUGCGCACCAGUUCGAGACGAAGCCGUGCAGAAGCUAGAGAACAUUACAGACCCUGUUCGGUUACUGAGAGGGAUCUUCCAGGUUCUGGGCCUGAUGAAAAUGGACAUGGUGAACUAUACUAUCCAGAGCCUUCAACCCCACCUGCAGGAACAUUCCAUCCAGCAUGAACGGGCGACAUUCCAGGAACUCCUCAAUAAACAGCCAAGCCUCCUUGACCACACCACCAAGUGGCUGACCCAAGCGGCCGCAGACCUCACCACGCCACUUCCGACUUGCCUGGAUGCUUCUGACUCCGCCACUGUGGCCUGCUCCUCUCCAAACGAGGCAGUCGGCAGCCCGGAGCCCCUCAGCCCUACGAUGGUGCUGUCCCAGGGGUUCCUGAACCUCCUCCUCUGGGACCCUGCAAAUGAAGAGUUCCCUGAGACGCUGCUGAUGGACAGGACCCGGCUGCAGGAGCUGGAGUCCCAGUUGCACCAGUUGACCGUCCUGGCCUCAGUUUUGCUGGUGGCCAGCAGUUUCUCUGGCAGUGUUUUGUUCGGCUCACCUCAGUUUGUGGAUAAGCUGAAACGCGUAACCAAAAACCUGAUGGAGGAGUUUGACUCCAGGCCUGAAGAGGCUAUGCAGACUGUGAGUGAACAGGUGUCUCAGGAAAUCCAUCAAAGCCUCAAGAACAUGGGCCUGGCUGCUCUGAGCAGUGACAACACAGCAUCUCUGAUAGGACAGCUCCAGAACAUUGCCAAGAAGGAGAACUGUGUCCGCAGUGUCAUUGAUCAGCGGAUCCAUUUGUUUCUCAAAUGCUGUCUGGUCCUCGGUGUGCAGCGAUCCCUGUUAGACCUCCCCGGAGGCCUUACUGUCAUUGAAGCAGAACUGGCAGAACUGGGCCAAAAGUUUGUCAGCCUAACGCAUCACAAUCAGAAGGUGUUUGGCCCCUACUACACAGAGAUCCUAAAAACCCUCAUCCCUCCAGCCCAGGCCCUGGAAACCGAGGUGGAGCCUCUGUGAAUGUACCGGCUCCAAGCCUGGCCCGUCGGACCCAGGAGAGAGCUCGGCAUUCUCCUGGGGUGACCUCACCAGUGAAACAUCAGAGCAGGAAGCCUCCUCCCCUCCCGCAGCUGGUACACCAGGGCUGAAGUGAGCAGCAUGUCAGCACCAACUGGCCCAAACUCAUUCACUAAUAAACUUCUGAACUGCAAGCAAACCUCC